AUGGGUCCCUGGACGGCCCUGCUGGUGGCGUACCUCUUCGGAGGCGUCACCUUUGUCCCGCUGCUCUUCGGCCUCAUCCUGCUGCACGCGCACUACACACUUCCCUAUCGGCAGGACAUGGACGGCGUUCCGGACGGGCAUCCGGACAGCCUAGUGCAGGACGGCGACGACACGGCCGCGCUCAACGCUCGGCGGGCCAAGGAGCGGGGUGGCGACGACGACGGGCGGAGCAGGCGGAAAAAGGACAGCGAUGCGGCGGUGCACGAGCUGGAUGUCGCGGCGGGCUACUUUGCCGUCUGCAGAGAGUACACGCCCAUGGGUAUCAACGCGAAGCCCAUUGAGAGGGCGACGCCGGUCGGCACGGCCACGGUCGCGCCGCCGAGCCCCAGCGUGUACCAGACCAUGUACCGAAGCAUCUUUGACAGGAAGCCGGUGCCCGGACCGAUCGAGAAUAACAGCAUGAGCCACAGGCCGAAAAAGGCGGGCAACGUAUUUUACGUGGUUUUACGACACGGCCACAUUAUGCUCUUUGACGACGAAGAACAGCUCGAGGUCCGACACGUCAUCAGCCUCGCCCACUAUGACAUAAGCAUAUAUUCCGGCGGCGACGAGACCCCCGAGGGCGAGCUGUUUAUAAAGCGCAACGCCCUAUGCCUGACCCGCCGCGACGCCCUCGCCGACGACGGAGGGCCCGUCGCGAAGCCCUUUUACCUCUUCUCCGAAAACUGCUCCGCAAAGGAGGACUUUUACUUUGCGCUGCUCAAGAACCAGGAACAGACCUUUCCCGGGCUCGACGGUUGCCCGCCCAAGCCCAAGCAUUUUGAUAUCAAGGACAUCAUCACGCUGGUGCAGCGGCUGCACUCGUCCGAGGAGAACAUCCACUCGCGCUGGAUCAACGCCAUGCUCGGCCGCAUCUUUCUCAGCGUGUACCGGACCAAGGACCUGGAGAACUUUAUCGCGAGUAAGAUCACCAAGAAGAUCACGCGCGUCAAGACCCCCUCCUACCUGACCAACAUUGCCAUUCGCAAGAUUGACACGGGCGAGGCGGCGCCCUUCUUCCACAACUUGAAGCUCAAGGAAUUCACCGUCGACGGCGAGUGCGUCGUGGAGACCGACAUGCGCUACUCGGGAAAUUUUCGCCUCGAAAUGUCCGCCACCGCCAAAAUUGACCUCGGCGCGCGCAUCAAGGCCCGCGAGGUCAACCUCGUGCUCGCCCUCGUGCUGAAGCGCAUCGAGGGCCACAUGCUUUUCAAGAUCAAGGCCCCGCCCAGCAACCGAAUGUGGCUGUCCUUCCAGGCCAUGCCCAAGAUGGAGCUCGCCAUCGAGCCCAUCGUCAGCGCCCGCCAGAUCACCUACACCGUCAUCCUGCGCCAGAUCGAGAACCGCAUCAAGGAGGUCUUUGCCGAGACGCUCGUGCAGCCCUUCUGGGACGACGUGCCUUUCUUCAGGACCGAGCACAAGGAGUGGCGCGGCGGCAUCUUUGAGGGCGACGAUGCGCUGCCCGGCGACGAGGCGACGCCAGCACCGGCCGUGCCGAUCCCCGACGUCGACGGCCCGGUGGAGACGGUCGUGGCAGCCCCGGAAGAUCCUCAGCAAGCGGCUGCGAUCAGCAUGGAGCUGCCGGCAUCACCGCGACCGGGCAUGGAAAAGACCCAGACGAUGCCGCCACUGGAAACCCAGGCGCCUGCGACUGGUCUCUUUGGGCGCAGGCUCGGGGGGAACAAGCUCGGCGCAAACUCGCCAGCUGCGGCCUCGGCGGUGAGUCUCGACUCCAAGGGCUCGGCUGCCACGACGUCAAGAUCGCCCAACAUCAUUAAGCAUGCUAGUGUCGAGCCGGUGGUCGGGACUGAGGCGGCUCACGCCGACUGGUUCAAGCCCUCGACCUCGCCGCCCGAUCACGCCACGAGCUUGAUUGCCGCGCUGCACUCCAAGGCUCAGCAAGAUGCGUCACCCGUCGAUACGCCCAUUGGAUCGCCUACCAAGCAUGCACGCGUCAAGUCGAGCGACACCUCAUCCAUCUCCUCCAAGGAAGAAUCUCUGGACGCCACAACGGCGGCGGCGGCGAGCGAGCACAGCGACGGCACGACCCCGUCUACGCGACGUAACACAGUCUCGUCGCAUGGGUCCUACGAACAGCCGCACUCACCCAACGGCGCAAGCGCGGCGGGCUCCCUCGGACGCAAGUUCUUCAUGAAGCGCGAAAACUCUAACGCCUCCCUCUCCACCACUGCCUCGACGAGCACCGGCGAAGGCGCCCACGGCCCAAAGCGCAACAACACGCUGGCGGCCAUGACCAAUGCCGCCAACCAGGCCCGCCAAUGGGGCUGGAACGCCAUCCAGCGCCAAAAGGAUGCGCGCCGCAACAGCGAGGCCUCGAGCCACGUCGAUCUGAGCCAGCCAAUGGGGCGCGGACAGCCGCUUCCGCCGCCGGGCAUGCCCCUCCCCGGGCCUACCAACGGCAAGACCAAGAUUGCGCCGAUUGCGGUGCCGAAGCGCAAGCCAGUGCCACCAGCGUCGGUCCCCGAACAUCCAUCUGAGGAGGGCAGCUCGUCACCCGAAAAGGACAAGGAGCUGGAAAGACCAAAGACAGGCCAGUCUCUGAAGAAUGAGGAAAAAGAAAAGGAACUGAGACCACCGCCGCUGCCGCAGCGACGACGCCGCGGUGCGAGCCAACAGGCGAUGAUUCAGGAGGAGGAGGAAGGAGGAGUGGGCACGGAGGAGGAGAACGUCCUCGUCAUAAGCGCCCCGGAUGAUUCUGAGCCGCCGACCCCUCUAGAGGACGACGAUGAUGACGACGCCGGCGUGAAGCUCUUUACAUCGGACAGCCAGACCAAGGCAGAAGGUAUACCUAGAAAGCCGGUGCCGGUGCCCAUUACCGUCGUCAAUGACGUCGAUGCGGAACAGGACAAGACGCCCGUCGGCCACCGCACGCCGAGCGUGGAUGAUGCGCCGCCGCCGGACAAGGAGAUUGAAAUCAAACACAACCUCACUGGCGCGACUACUACCCUCGACACGGGUGAUGCUAUAGAGGACCUGCAGAAUCACGGCAAACCUAUCGUAGCGAUGCCGCUGUCUACGACGCCCCCGGAAGAGAGUGUUGCGGACGAUGAUGGUUUCGCAGGGUGGAUGGACGAGCAGCCCGACGAAGGCCCUGCGGCGCCGACCCGUCCAGAGGAUGUGCUGCCUCCGCCGGUGACGAGCCUCGUGUGA